AAACAAAAUGGAGGUCUUUGAUGUGGUGCGUACAUGUCUGACAAAGUGCUGCUAAAAUAUUUGCGUAAAACGCUGUGAGCAAAUGUUUCACUGCGAAUAUGUCAAAGGUCGGCCAUGAAGUGUGCGCAACAACAAAAAGGACAAACACAAAUGUGUAUACACUAUAAAAAUAAUAAACUUAUUAUAUAUAUAUAAAUUAAACGGAAGACGUUCCCAAAAACUGCACAUGAGCUGUAAUUAAGUUUAGUAGUUAGCAACAAACUCCAAGCAAGAAAAGGAAAAAACAACAAAAACAAAACAAAAAACAAAACAAAAGCAAAGGAAAAUCGACAAAAAAAAUUCGCGUUGAUUUGAAGACAAGUUUUGGGGCUUUUUCUCACAGUGCAGAAGAACGCUUCACAGCACUGCGCGUUGUGGUUAAAUGAGUCAACGUCGCGGCAGGACGCAUCCUGCCAGACCGUAACACCCAUCCAAUUCCCCCACCAACAUCACCACCUCCGUACCGUAGUAUAUAUCCCAAUUUGACAACGGCCACGCGCAGAGAGCAGCAUCAGAAUUAAGCCAAUCGACGACCAAACCUAAAAAAAAAAAAAAACAUUAAAAAAAAAAAACGCAGCGUCGCGUCCUUCGACGCGUAACGGGAAAUUUCUGUGUGCGCUGCGUUUCAAAAAUCUGAUGGAUGGAAAUGCACAAAAUAUGUUUCACGGCAAUCAUCAAGGAGAUCCCUAUUACCGUUAUGAUGCGGCCGCCGCAGCAGCCGUUGCCGCAGCGGCAAAUCCACGGGCCAUGGGCCCACCAGGCGGCUAUCCGCCGCGUCAUCGGGCGCCGCAUCCGCUACAGCAACAGCCACAAUAUCCAUCGUACCAGCCAACGGCGGAGAACCUGUACGGGCUGGGGGCCACCGAUCAGCAUGCAGCGAUGGGCGUCGGCAUGGGCGAUCUGAGCGGGUGGGGUGCGGCGCCAUCGGUGCCGGGCCAGGCAGCCGCCUAUCCAGGCGCUGGCCUAGGCGCCUACGGACAUCCACAGGCGGCGCCGCCGACGCAGCAGCAGCGUCAGAGCAACGCCAGCGCCUACCGCCAGCACAUGCCCGCCUACGGACAGCAGGAGCAGCAGAAACUGGUGCCCUAUGGCGCGCAGCAGAACAUGAUGGGCGCCCUGGGUGCCACCGGCUAUGGCAGUCUGGCGCCCCAGCAGCAGCAACAACAACAGCCACCCACGCCACAACAACAGCAGCAGCAACAGCAACAACAACAGCAGCAGCAGCAGAGCCAGCAGCAGGCUCGUCUGCCGCAGCAUUAUCCACAGGCGCCGGGUCAGCAUCCCUUGUAUCCGGGCGCGCCGGCUCAAGCAGCACAGCCGGCAGCGCCGCAGGCAUACGCGCACAGUCCAUACGGCAGCCCGAUGCAACAUCAGCCGGGACGCGGAGCACCUCAGCACGUGGGCUACGGUCAUGCGGCACUGGAUCAGGCCAGCGCCUAUGGCCAGCACGUGCCUGGCGCAGCGCCGCCGACGCAUCACUUGACUGCGCAGCAGCAGCAGGCUGCGCAGUUGGGUGCGCAUCCCAGUGCGCAUAUAGCCAGUGCACAGCAGCAACAGUUGCAGACACAGCAGCAGCAGCAGGCGCAACAACAACAGCAGCAGCAACAACAACAACAGCAACAGCAACAACAACAACCCAACCAUGUGAGCCUGAUGCAGCAGCAGCAGCUGCCAGGCGCCGUACUGCCGCCGCCGCACAUGGGCAUGCCGCCCAGCUAUGGCAGUCACCAUCAGCAGCAGCAGCAGGCACAGCAGCAAGCCCAACAGCAGCAGCAGCAGCAACAGGCGCAACAGCAGCAGAGCGCACCGCCCUAUAUGUCCAGCAGCAAACAUCAGGCAAGCGCUCAGCUCAACUCCUCGCCGCAGUAUCGUGCACCGUUUCCACAACUCUCGCCACAGAUGUCGCCGCGUCCGCCCACCAUGUCGCCGCAUCCACAAAUGUCGCCGCGUCCAGUGGGCGUGUCGCCCGCCAAGCCACCACAAACAGCACAGCAGCAGCAGCAGGUGCAACAGCAGCAGCAGGUGAACUCGCCCAGCCAGCACAGCAUACAGGGCAUGGUUGGGCUGCCGUCACCGAGACCGCAACCACCCAGCGCAGCCGCCGGCGGUGCCAAGGUGCCCGUUAGCGUGGCAGCUGGCGGUGUCCCGCCGGUUGUCAAUACGCUGCAAGCACUCGAACAAAUGGUCAUGCCCACACAGGCGCAUGGCCUGCCGCCCAUGGAUUAUCCCACAUCGUAUCGCAGUGCUGCGGUCAUGGGACCGCGCAUGCCCGCCUCACCCUCGCCGCAGCAUCAUCAGCAAUGGGGCGCGCCGCAUAUGGCGGCCAUGCAACAACAACAGCAACAACAACAACAGCAGCAGCAGCAACAAGCGCCACAACAGCCACCGCCACAGCAACAGGCACAACAGCAGCAGCAGCAGGCGCAGCAGCAACAGGCACAGCAACAGGCCCAGCAACAAGCACAGCAACAGGCCCAACAGCAGGCGCAAGCCAAUGCGCUGUUGCAGCAGCAGCAACAGGCAGCACAGGCGGCACAGGCAGCACAGGCGGCACAGGCAGCACAGGCAGCACAAGCAGCACAAGCAGCACAGGCAGCACAAGCAGCCCAGCAUCAGCAACAUCAGCUAAGCAUGUAUGGACAGAGCAUGGGCCAACAGGUGCCGGUGCCGGUGCCAGUGCCUGUAUCUGUGCCCGUAUCGGUGCCCGUAUCCGUGCCCGUGCCCGUGUCUGUGCCCGUGCCAACACAGCAGCCACAAGCAGCGCCCGCCGCACAGCCCACACAGCCACCGGCGCCUCAACAUCAGCAGCAGCAGCAACAACAACAGCAGCAGCAGCAACAGCAGCAGCAACAACAACAACAGCAGCUGAAUGAGCAGCUGCAGCAUUCCAUCAAUGACAUUGUGGGUGGCAACCAGCAGCAGCAGGCGCAGCAGCAAGCGCAAUUGAGCGCACAAAUGUCCUCCUCGCCACUGCAUCAGCAGAGCCUGCCCAGCAUGCAUCAUCUGAGCGCUGCGGCCCAUCACCAACAGCAGCAGCCAACGCUAGAGGCCAGCGCAGCCCAAGCACCGCAGCAACAGCAGCAGGCGACGCAUCAGCAGCUGCAGCAGCAUCAAUCGCCCAUACAUCAGCAACAGUCGCCGCAUCAGCAGCAACAUUUGCCCAGCUAUGCGCAGCAGAGCAGUAACCAACAGCAGCAGCAGCAGCAUCAACAGCAAUUUGAUGCGUUUGCCAACAUCUUGACAGAUGCGCCCGCAGGAGGAGCAUCGGCAGCUGCAGCCACAGCUGCCUCACAGCAGCAAAUCAUGUCGCCUGCGCAUGUCAGCUCGCCCAUACCGCAGCUGCAGCAGCAACAUCAGCAGCAGCAACAUCAGCAACAGCAGCAGCAGCAUGCGCAACAGCAACCGGCCACGCCCACACCGUCAACACCCUCGCAUCAUCUGAGCAGCAUACUCAACGAGACGGCCAACUCGAAUGACUCCUCAACGCUGGCCGUUGCCGCCAAUGACAGCAACAACAGCAGCAGCAACAGCAGCACGAACAGCAUAGUCAACAAUCAGCCCACCUCGGUGCACGACAGCAACUCGCAGAGCAGCAUCAACAGCAACAAUCAGCAGCCGUUGCUCUCGGGCAUGGAUGCCGUUGCGAACAGCAUGCUCAACAGCAACUCGGACUCGGCGCACACCACGCACCAUGUGAGCGGCGUGGAUGUGGGUCUCUUUGACAACAAUUCGAUGAGCUCGACCAGUGCGGCUGCUGUUGCGGCCGCUUCGAAUGCCGCCAAUGCGGCGGCGGCGCUGCUCGAUAGCAAUUCGCAAUCGUCGAAUGCGGACUUUGAGAAAAGCGUCUGUGAGUCGGAGCAGCAGGCAACGGCAACAGCAGCUAGCGGAGAUCUGUGUGCACAGUUGUCGCAGGAUGACAAUAGCGUGUCCAAGACGCAACCGGAGACGCUCAGCGAGACAACGCUGCCGGCGGCGGUGCAGGAGGAGCACGACAACAGCAAUCACAAGCAGCCGCAGCAUACUGAGGAGCUACUGGCGGAGCAAACGCAGCAGACCCUAAGCGAGCUCGCCGCCGUCGGCGGUGAGGAGACCAAAUCCGCCGAGGAAAUAUGCGAGGAUAAAAGCCAAACGCAAAUGGACACAACGCUCGGCCAACAACAACAACAGCAGCAGCAGCAACCAAUGGGUCAGACACCGUUGGGUCUGGGCAUGCCUCCGAUGCCGCCGCACACGCUGACCGGCUAUGAAACGCAGCCGCCGCUGGGCGCCACGGCACAGGGAACAACAGUUCCGGUGCCACCGCCGCCGCCGCCAACACAUAUGCCGCCGUUGCUGCCGCCGUAUCCGGGCGCAGCUGGUGGCAUGUAUCCGCCGUAUCCGAUGCUGCAUCAGCAGGAAAUAGCAGCACUGCAGCAGCAAAUCCAAGAGCUCUACUGCAUGCCGCCCGGUCAUGAGCAUCAGCAUCAGGAGAAGCUGAUGCGACUGCAGGAGCGCCUGAAUCUGUUGCAACAGCACGAGCUCGCCGAGCAGUGCGCAGGCGGACCACAGUGUCUGCUCUACCAGAGCAUGCCGCCCAUGUACGGCAGCAGUGCGCUGCACAAUCAGAUGGUCGAGAGCCCACAGGUGUCCAGCACAACGGGUCGAGGUCGUGGCAAGGGCGCCAACAAGCCGCGCAAACCGCGCGCCAAGAAGGGCGACAAAGCGGCGGCCGCCGCCGCAGCGGCACUGCAGCAGCAACAGCAACAGGAGCUGAUGGACAUCAGCGGCAAUGUGGUUGUGGCCGCGGCCAGUGCGAGCAGCAGCAGCAGCGGCAUACCCACCACCCAGUUGCCCGUAUCCGAGGAUUGCGUGACCCAGGGAGCUGGUGAUACCAGCGUCGUGGGCCUGCUCGAGUAUAGCGAGGGCAUGGGCGACUUGUCGCAGGAUGUGCAUUCGGCCAAUGAGCUGGACACCUCCACCGAUGGCAGCGGCAAGAAGAAGAAGCCGCGCAAGCCACGCACACCCAAGGAUCCGAACAAGCCGCCGCGUGAUCGCACUCCCAAGGUUAAGAAACUGCGCGAUCCCAACGAUCCCAACUCAACGGAGUCACCCGCCGCCGGCGGACGCAAACGGGCCAGCGUCAGCAAGCGUCGCAAACAGUUCGGCGACGAUGGCGCCGAACAGACCGGCGACGGCAGCGAACUGGAGGACAACAAGCCGCUGCUGCCCAAGUCGAAUGAUGGCGAGGCCGAGACCAGCGCCGGCGGUGCCGGUGGCGUUGACGGUGAAUCGCCCGACUAUGAUGAUAUACCCGUUUCGAAGAUACCGCGCGGCGCCAACGACGAUGACAAAGAGGCCGAAGCUGGCGAUGAGACCGUCGAUUCGGUGCCCGAUUCUGCCGGCGAUGCGGCCAGCACGCCCAGCCGGCGGGAUCGCAAGCGUUCCACGGCGCGCAGUCGUCGCAAUGCCACCUCCGAGGAGGGCGGCAGCGCACGACGGAAUCGCGGCUCGCUGAGCGCCAAGGCGCUCAAGAAGCGACGCAAUCGCGGUCGUAUUGUGCCCGAAUCGGAUGGCGAGGAUGAUACCAUGGAUCGUACGCCGCCGCCGUCACCACCGCCAGAUUCGGAGCUUGACUCGAAUAAGCGACGCUCGUCGCGCAACACUCAGCGUAAGAAGUACAUCGAUGACGUCAUGUUGCGAUUCUCCGAUGAUGAGAACUCGCUGCUGGUGGCCUCGCCGGUGAAGAAGGACAAGAAAUCGUCGGCGGCCAAUGCGGCCAACUCGAAUGCUGGCAGUGAUGUGGAGAAGAUAGAGCCACAUUCCGGCGCCGAGGGCGAGGCCGGCAGCUCGGCGGGCGAGGAGAAGCCAUCGGCGACAACGGCAGACGACACCAACAGUCAACUGGAGGCCAGCUCCAGCACCUCGGCGGCGGAGAAAGCGGAACGACAAAGCGCCAGCGAUGCUGCCGCCGCCGCUGCCGCAGCCAUGUCGUCCAAGCCCAACUAUGUGUACAUCAAUACCGGCGACGAGGACAGCAUGGUGGUGCAGUUUGUUCUGGCGCUGCGCAUGGGCAAGCGGGAGCUGAUACCAGAGCCGCCCAAGGUCAAGACGCCGGAACCCAAGACAGAGGCGGAAAUGGCAGAGGAGGCGGCAGAGCAGGCGGCAGAGAAAGAAACGACAGAUAAAGGCGAGGACAAGGUAGAGGUCAAAGCUGAAACGGAAGAGUCCACCAAAGUGGAAGAUGAUAAGGAACAACUGGAAUCGGAAGAGCAGAAAAUCGAAUCCGACAAAAUGGAAGUGGAUGAAAAGCCAGAGAUUGUCAAGUCGGAGGCAGCAGAGAAAAGCGAGGAGGAGACGCCCGACAAGGAGGAGGCGGAGAAAAUGGACAUUGACGAAGCUGCAGAGAAAGCAGCAGAAGAAACCCAGAAAAUAGAGAAGCAAGAAAAUGCAGAAGAAGAAGAAGAAGAAGAAGCAGAGGCCAAGACUGAUGAAGCAAAUGAAACGCCAGCUGAGCCAAAGAACGAAGCAGAUGAGAUGGAAAAGGAGCAGGAGGAGGGUAAAGCAAAAGAAACGGACGAAGAGGCAGAGAAAGAUAAAGAUAAAGAUGCACAGCCUGAAGUAGCAGAGAAAAUGGAGAUCGAUGAGGCUGCAGCCGAAGUUAAGGAAGACGAGAACAAAGUAGAAGACGAGACAGCAGCCGAAGCAAAGGCCGAAAAAGAAGCUGAGAGCGACAAAGAGAAGCCGGAACUGACCGAUGAGGAGAAGGCGGCAGCAGCAGAGGCUGACAAAUCCAAGGACUCUGAGCCGAAAGAGGAUAAACCCGAGCCGGUCUUCAUCGAUGUGGAGGAGUAUUUCGUUAAAUAUCGCAAUUUCAGCUAUUUGCACUGCGAAUGGCGCACCGAGGAGGAGCUGCUCAAGGGUGAUCGCCGCGUGGCCGCCAAGAUCAGACGAUUCCAGCAGAAGCAGGCACAACAGAUCAACAUAUUCGAGAACAUCGAAGAGGAGCCAUUCAAUCCCGAUUUCGUUGAAGUGGAUCGCGUGCUGGACAUGUCCGUGCACACGGACGAAAAUAGCGGCGAGACAACAAAACACUAUUUGGUUAAAUGGAAAUCGCUGCCCUACGAGGACUGCACCUGGGAGCUGGAGGAGGAUGUCGACAAUGACAAAAUCGAACAGUAUUUGCGUUUCAAUAAGAUACCCUUGCGCUGUGAGUGGAAGAGCCGCAAGCGUCCGCAUCCGGAGCAAUGGAAGAAGCUGGAAAAGACGCCCGUCUACAAGAGCGGCAACAGCCUGAGACCCUAUCAGCUGGAGGGCUUGAACUGGCUAAAGUUCUCCUGGUACAACUCCCACAACUGCAUACUGGCCGACGAGAUGGGUCUGGGCAAGACCAUCCAGAGUCUGACCUUUGUGCAUUCGGUCUACGAGUACGGAAUACGCGGUCCAUUCCUGGUCAUAGCGCCCCUCUCGACCAUACCCAACUGGCAGCGCGAAUUCGAGGGCUGGACCGACAUGAACGUGGUUGUCUAUCACGGUUCGGUGACCAGCAAACAGAUGAUACAGGACUAUGAGUUCUACUACAAGACGGACAGCGGCAAGGUGCUCAAGGAGCCCAUCAAAUUCAAUGUGCUUAUCACCACCUUUGAGAUGAUUGUCACCGAUUACAUGGAUCUGAAGGCCUUCAAUUGGCGGCUGUGUGUGAUUGAUGAGGCGCAUCGGCUCAAGAAUCGCAAUUGCAAGCUGCUCGAGGGUCUGCGCCAGUUGAGCCUGGAGCAUCGUGUCCUGCUCUCUGGCACACCGUUGCAGAACAACAUAAGUGAACUGUUCUCGCUGCUCAAUUUCCUGGAGCCCAGUCAGUUCUCGUCGCAGGAGGAGUUCAUGUCCGAGUUUGGCAGUCUGCGCACCGAGGAGGAGGUCAACAAACUGCAGGUGCUGCUCAAGCCCAUGAUGCUGCGACGUCUCAAGGAUGAUGUGGAGAAGUCACUGGCACCCAAGGAGGAGACCAUCAUUGAGGUGGAGCUGACCAAUAUACAAAAGAAAUACUAUCGCGGCAUAUUGGAACAAAACUUUAGUUUCCUCAAAAAGGGCACCACCUCCGCCAAUAUACCCAAUCUCAUGAAUACCAUGAUGGAGCUGCGCAAGUGCUGCAUACAUCCCUAUCUGCUGAACGGUGCCGAGGAGCAGAUCCAGUAUGAUUUCAAGGCACAACACGGCGAAGAUCCCGAAUCCUAUUACAAGAAUCUUAUACUUUCCGCCGGUAAAAUGGUGCUCAUCGACAAGCUGUUGCCCAAGCUGAAGGCCAAUGGACAUCGCGUCCUGAUCUUCAGUCAGAUGGUGCGCUGUCUGGACAUACUCGAGGACUAUUUGGUCUAUCGCAAGUAUCCCUUCGAGCGUAUUGACGGACGUAUACGCGGCAAUUUGCGUCAGGAGGCCAUCGAUCGUUAUUCCAAACCGGGCUCGGAUCGUUUUGUCUUCCUACUGUGCACCAAGGCGGGCGGUUUGGGCAUUAAUCUGACAGCCGCCGAUACUGUCAUCAUCUAUGAUUCCGACUGGAAUCCACAGAACGAUUUGCAGGCCCAGGCGCGUUGUCAUCGCAUUGGUCAACGCAAAAUGGUCAAGAUCUAUCGCCUGCUAUGCAGGAACACCUACGAGCGCGAGAUGUUCGACAAGGCCUCAAUGAAACUGGGCCUGGACAAGGCUGUGCUGCAGUCGAUGAACACGCAUGGCUCCAAGGAUGGCAACAACAAGCAGUUGUCCAAGAAGGAAAUCGAAGAUCUACUCAAAAAGGGCGCCUAUGGCGCCGUCAUGGACGAUGACAAUGCCGGCGAUAAGUUCUGCGAAGAAGAUAUUGAUUCGAUCCUAAAGCGACGCACACAGGUCAUAACCAUGGAAUCGGAGAAGGGUUCCACAUUCUCGAAGGCCUCGUUUGCCGCCUCAGGCAAUCGUUCGGACAUUACCAUAGAUGAUCCAGACUUUUGGACCAAAUGGGCCAAACGUGUGGACAUCGAUCCCGAUGCCUGUGAACGUGACGAGACCGAGGAUCUGGUGCUCUCCGAGCCGCGCAGACGUACCCAGAUCAAACGCUACGGACACGAGGAUGUCAUGGAGAUUAACUCCGAGGACUCCUCCAAUGAGAACAGCGACGAGGAGGGCGGCAUAGGUCUGCGCUCACGUCGCCGCAAAGAGAAACGCGAUCGCGCCCGCGAAAAGAAGGGCAACGAUGAGUAUAUACCGCGAGAACGCGACGCAUUGGCCGCCCUCGGCCUGGAGGAGAUCCAGUAUGGCAACUGGGCCAAGUCGGAGUGUUUCAAAGUGGAGAAGGGUCUGCUGUCUUUUGGCUGGGGACGCUGGACGGAACUUCUCGAAUUGGGUCAAUUCAAGCGCGGAUGGCGCGAUGUGGACAUCGAGGACUGUGCACGCAUCAUUCUGCUGUACUGCCUGCAGGUCUACAAGGGCGACGAGAAGAUCAAGACAUUCAUUUGGGAUCUAAUCACACCCACCGAGGACGGCGAGGUCCAGAAGAUCAGCAGGGAUCAUAGUGGCCUACACAACUUGGUGCCACGAGGUAGGAAUGCCAAAGGACGCAAUGGCGGCAAGUCGAACAAGGAAAUGGGCGGCGGCAGCUCGACGCCAGCGCCGGGCACCGCAUCCGGCAGCAACAGUGGCAACACAACGCCCGCCCAUAAGUCCAGCGCCCUGGAGGCUGGCGGCAGCGACAAGGAUCAGGGCUCGGGGAUCAGUGCCAGCGCCGUGGCAGCUGCCGUUGCGCCCGCACCGCCCACCAGCAUACACGAUCCCAAUCAUUGGAGCAAGAAGGAGAAAUACGAUGCGGAUGCGUAUCUGGAGGGCGCCUACAAGAAACACCUGGGCAGACACGCGAAUAAGGUAUUGCUGCGCGUGCGGAUGCUCUACUAUAUACAGCACGAGGUCAUUGGCGAUUUAGUGCAGCAGAUUAAGGAUAAUACGCCCAUCAGUACGAAAGCAAAGCAACUAGCACCCAAUCUGGAAAGCGAGCUACCCAUACGCCCGCCGCCAACGCCAGAUCAAGUGCCAUCCUCAUGGUGGAAUCCCAUUUGUUGUGAUAAGAGCCUAUUGGUCGGAACCUAUAAACAUGGCUGUGAAAUGUAUCGUCAGAUGCGCGCCGAUCCGAAUCUGUGCUUUGUCACCCAUGUGGGCGCCGGUGCCGGUGACGAUUUGGCCGUCACGAAUUUGCCAAUAAAUGAGGACGACGCAAAUUCAAAGCACGAUGACGGCGACGAGGUGGACGACGAUGGCACCACGACCACCAAAGAUUCGGAUUCGACAAAGCUAACGGCCGGCGAUAACAAGGACUCGCUAGAUCCGGAGCGCCCCAGUUCGUCGGGUAAGAGCGACAAGUGCGAUAACAGCCAAGGAACCAAAAUCAAAGCCGCCAACGCGGAACUCAUCCCGGCUGUGGGCAAUGGCAGCGCCGUCGAGGCCGACGCCACGGCAGCGGCGUCAGCAGCUCCAACAAACGAAUCGGCACAAAAAGAAUGCGAAAACGAAAUUGAAACUGAAAACGAUAACCAAAUAGAUAAAAACAAUGAAAAGGCGAAAGCCAAAAGCGAGCAGCCCGCCGGCGAGGCAGAGGCCGAGGCAGACGUCGCCGAAGCUGCCGAUGCCGUCGCAGUUGAUGCCGACUCCAGCUCAACGGCGAUGGCCGGUGGCGAUGGCGAUACUGUGGCAGCCACUGCAGCGUCCGCGACGCCAAGCGCAUUGGACACUGAAAUGGAUGCGGAUGCCAAGAGUCAAGAUCAGGCCCAGGCUAAUGGCAAGCCCGCUGCGCCAGCCGAUAGCGAAGCCGACGAUGCCGCUGCCAUUGCUACGGUCGAGUCCGGUUCAGAUUCAUGCACUAACGCUAAUACCACCACCACCACCACCACCACCACAAAUAUCACCAAUACCACCACCACCACCACUUCUACUACUAUAACCACCAUUACCAAUCCAUCAUCCACCACAACAACAACUACUACAACAACGACUGCAGCGGCCCCUGGCGGCCCCGGGGAGUCAGCGGGUCAGAACUGCGAAAAUGCUAACUCCAACUCAAAUUUAGGCUUAGACGAGGAGGAGAGCGUCGCCGGCAGCUAUCCGCCAUCCACAUUGGCCGCCGUCGAGGAUGCCACAAUGUGGCCAUCAAUGCAGGAUCUCAAUACACGAUUACGUCGCGUCAUCACCGCCUAUCAGCGCAACUACAAAAAGGAGGAGCUCAAGCAGCAGCAAAAGGCCAAGCUACAGGCACUGGUCUCCUCGACGCCGCCGCUAUCGGUGCCCACCACGCCGACGCUGCAGUCGAUGCAAAUGCAGAUGCAGAGCGCCGGUGGUGGUGGUGCCGUUGGCAAUGCGGUCGCCGGCAGUGUCGUUGGCGCCGGCGGCUCUGUUAGCCAGCUCCAGCAGCAACUCGACUCGAGCAAUCGCAGCCUGCAGGCGCUGAUGCAGUCGCAGGGUGCCAGCACCUCGGCUGCAGCAGCAGCAGCUGCUGCCGCCGCUGCCGCCGCCUCGGGCAGCGGUUCGACACUACAGCACGGAUUGGUGGGGCAGCAUCAGCAACAGCAACAGCAGCAGCAGCAACAACAACAGCAGCAACAACAGCAACAGCAACAACAACAACAACAGCAGCAGGUCGGCGGAACUCAGGUGCCAGCCAUGCCCACAGCCGCCGAUAUCAGCCUUAUGCUGAGCAUCCUCAACACAACCGAUGUCAGCCAAUUGGCCAACUUGGAUAUCAACAAACUGGCCAUGUAUUUGGUUAGUAUGAACAAUAAAAUGGAGCGCCAGGGCAAGAUGGAGCUGGCGGCGAAGGAGCGCGAGUCGCAGCGCCUGCAGCUGAUACCCAAAAAAUGGAAUCGUCGCGAGGAAUAUGAAUUUCUGCGCGUGCUCACCGGCUACGGUGUCGAUAUGCAGCUGAGCACAUCCAUGGGCGGCGGCAGCAGCAGUAGCCACAGUCCCGACUGGACCAAGUUCAAGCAGAUGGCACAUCUGGAGCGCAAAAGCGACGAGACGCUCAGCGACUACUAUAAGGUCUUUGUGGCCAUGUGCCGGCGCCAGGCGGGCCUGAAGCUUAGCGAGAACGAGCGCGGUCUGGAGGGCAUCAUUGAGGAGGUCGAAAAGGAGCACGCCAAGCUCAUACUGGAUCGCCUGGAGUUGCUGGCCAAGCUGCGCGAAGUGGCGCGCAAUCCCCAGCUCGACGAGCGGCUCAAGCAGUGCGCCAUGAACACCGAUACGCCCGACUGGUGGGAGCCCGGACGGCACGAUAAGGAACUGAUUGCGGCCGUGCUCAAGCAUGGUCUUUACCGCUCCGAGACGUUCAUCUUUAACGAUCCCAACUUUAGUUUCUGCGAGUCGGAGAAGCGUUUCAUACGCGAGCUCGAGGCACAGAUUCAGCGCACCAUCAAACUGGAGGCCUUUAACGCCGAGAAGGCCGAAAAGGCGGCAGCCGCUGAAAAAGCAGCUGCAGCCGAAAAAGCAGCUGCGGCGGCAGCGGCGACGGCAGCGGCGACGGCAGCAGCGGCAGCUGCUGCAGUCAAGCACGAGGUUAUUGAUCUGGAUGAUGAGCUGCUCACCAAGGAGAGUGUCAUCAAAAAGGAGUCGCCCGUCAAGGCUGAAGUUAAUGCCGAUCAGAGCACAGACAAAGCCGAGGUCGAGGAAAGCGAAGAGAAACCAGUGAACAAAUCAGCAACAGAGAAAAUGGAAGAGGAUGAGGUAGUCCAAGCCGAGAAGGCAGACAAGGAAUCGCUGGAUGAAGCCAAGCUGCUGCCCACUGAAGCCGCAGAAGAGGCAGCGGAAGCUGAAGCCGAAGCCGAAACCGAAGUCAAGCUCAAGGAGAGCGAAGAAAAAAUGGACGUAGAUGAACCAAUUGCGGAAAAUGGUAACGAAAAGGAGGCUGCAACUGAGGCAGAUGCCACGGCCGACUCCGAGAAGCCAGCCGAAAGCCUAAAGUCAGAGGCAGCCGAAACAGAGAAGUCGAGCGAAAAGGCGGAAGACAGUCCAAUGGACACGGAGCCCGCCAAGUUGACAGUUGCCGAGGAAAAGGAAUCUGCCGAAGCAUCGGAAGAGGAAGCGACAGCUGUCAAAGCAGAAGCUGCGAACGAGAAAAGCGACGAGAUAGUUGAGACCGGCGCCAAGGAAAAGCCAGAGGCGGCAGAUAAGGAACCAGCUGCAGCAGCAGCCGAAAGUGAGUCCAAGAAAAUCGACGCGGAAGCGGAUGCCAGCAAAACAGGAGAAGCCACCGCGGAGGUCAAGAGCGUUGAGAAGCCGCCCGCAGAACAGGAGAUACUCGACCUGGUGGCCGGGCCCAGCGAUCCCGAUGACGACGAGGUCAUGAAGGAGAAGGAGAAAGCCGUUGAGGAGGAGUGCAAAAAGCAAGCAGCCGAACUGAAAGCACGCUUUCCCGAUCUGGAGGUCAUUCAGCCGGCGACUGUGAAACAGCAAAAGCUGGAGAAGCCCAAGCUGGAGAUGUGCAUGAUACGCUGGUUCAAGGACUUCGCCCUGGAGCGACGCAUCGCACACAUUGUGGUCUGCGUGGAGACGAACAAAUGGCCCGUGGACAAGCACUACAGCGCCUUUGCUGGCCUAAAGGGCACCACAGACCUCAACAUUGCCCUGCACGAGUCCAUACCCCAUCUGAAUAGCAGCGAGCGACGCUCGACAACGCCCGACGUGAUAACCAUAACCACAGAUCAGGGCGUGACCAAGCAUCUGCAGGCCUCCCAAAUGCAACAGGUGGCCAGCAAUGCCAGCGUUUCUUCAACGGGCGGCAAUGUGCAGUCGGUGCUGCCGUCGCCCAAAACGCCGGUGGCGGCGCCCACCACGCUGCCGGGCCUGGAUGCGAAUAGCAUCAAUGCAGCUGUCGCGGCUGCGGUCGCCGCUGCGGCAAGCGGCGGCAAUGCCACAUCCUUGUCGGCAUUGCUGCCGGGCAUGUCGUUGAGCGCGGCAACGGCCGGCGCCAGUGCGGCAGCGGCUGUCAGUGCGGCGGCGGCGGGUCUUAAUGUGCCUAACGCCGGCGGACUGGGCUCCAAUGCGGGCAAGAAACGCAAGCGACACAUUGCCAUCGAUGUGGAAACGGAGCGUGCCAAGCUGCACGCGCUGCUCAACAGCUCGUCGAUGGCGCCCAAGGACUGGGAGAGUGAGAUAGCCAACAUGGAGGCUUUGACGGGCGCUCGCGACGGGCGACGCGGCGGCUCGAGCGCGGCUGCCACGGCGGCCGCUUUGAGCGGGAUGCAACCGCCGCCCGCGCAUCAGCACGCCUCGCUGUCGCGCCAAUCGUCCGGACAGUUCAAUAAGCCCGCUGUGCCGGCACUGAAAACGCCGCCACCAUCAAUGGGUGCACCCAUGGAUCUGUCCUCCAGCAGCCUGCCCAAGAUGAAUAUGACGGAAAUGCUGAAGUCAGCCUCCAGCGCUGGCGCCAUUGAUCUGAGCGAGGUGCAAGACUUCUCGAUGCCCUCCAAGAAGUCGAGUGUGCAUGCGGCGCUUAGCUCCGCAUUCCCCUCAAUGGCUGGCAGCAAGAGCAAGCUAGACGACACGCUCAACAAGCUGAUGAAGAAGAACAAUUGCACCAUUGAGGAGCCGGUCAUAGGCAAGGAGAAGAAACGCAAGAAGCUGGAUGAGAUUGUGCUCGGUCUGUCGGCAGCCAAGGAGCAAAAGACCUUCCCGGAUCCAUCGCUGCCCUCAUCAAAGAAACCACAAAUACCGCCCAGUGUGUCCGUGACGCCCGCCAAUCUGCAGGCGCCCAGCCAGCAGCAGUCCAAUCAGAAGCCAUUUACCAUCACUGUCACGACAGUGCCCGGAAAGUCCAAGAGCGGCGGUCAGGGCAGCGGCAGCGGCGGCGCCAGCAGCUCCUCGGGCAGCGGCCUCAGCGCGCUGCAAAACAUGGCCAUGGGCGGUCUCUCGAGCAAGGACAGUCUCAAUGCUCUGCUCGCGCAGACGAUGGCCACAGAUCCGCAAUCGUUCCUCAAGCAACAGCAGAAGAUGAUGCAGUUCCUGCCGCCUUCACAGCGCAAAGCCUACGAGAACAUGCUGGCCGAAAUGGAGCAGGCGAUGAAGCUCAGCUCAAAAUACAAUUCCUCCCACGACGUCAAGGUCAACAAAUGGCUCUCGGACAUGACCAACCCCCUGGGCGAUCAGCUCAGCAUUGAUUAUGUUGGCGCUGGCAACGCCGGCGCUGCUGGCAGCAGCAACAGUCGACGCGGCAAUCGCCAGCAAAGCAGCAGCUCCAGUGCCCAGCAGGCGGCCAAUGCAGCGCAACUGCAAAAGCAGCAACAGCAGCAGCAGCAACAACAGCAGCAGCAGCAACAACAGCAGCAGCAGCAACAACAACAACAACAACAACAACAGCAACAACAGCAACAGCAGCAACAACAACAACAAUCCUUGGCUGGUCCGCAGGGCCUGACCGGGGAGGAGCCGGUGCCGGUGAUCAACAAGCAGACGGGCAAGCGGUUGGGCGGCAACAAGGCGCCACAACUGAAGCGCCUUAUGCAAUGGCUCACCGAGAAUCCCAACUAUGAGGUGGAUCCCAAGUGGCUGGAACAGAUGCAGAAUCCGAUGUCGGCGCCAUCACCAAAGCCCAGCGCCAGCGGCAUGGACAACAGCAGUGGCUACGGCGGCGGUGGCUCUAAAUCGCACGGCGGACGACCCUCCUCCAAUUCGAGCAACGCCUCCUCCGGCGGCCACACGCAACAGCCGAGCGCCGCACAGUCGCCGGCGGGCAAUUCGAGCGGCUCGUCGAAGAAAUCGUCGAGGCAAUCGCAGUCGGCGGCCGCCUUGGAUCAGGCGGCGUUGCAGUUCGGCUCGCUGGCUGGCCUCAAUCCCAAUUUGCUGGCCAAUUUGCCCGGCUUGGGCGGCUUCGAUCCAAAGAAUCCGCUCGCCGCAUUCGAUCCGAAGAAUCCGCUGCUGUCGAUGCCGUUCGGCGGCAUGCCCGGCAUGGGUAAUCUGCCCGGCCUGGGCAAUCUGAACAACAUGAAUCUGUUUGCCAGCCUGGCGGGCAUGGGCGGUCUGGGUAAUCUGGCCGGCAUGGAUGCCCAGUCGCUGGCUGCGCUCAUGGCUGCUGCGGGACCAACGCUCGGCGGCCUUACAGGCAGCACGAGCGCGGGCACCGGCAAGAGCCAGUCGCAGUCCAGCGCUGGCGGCAACUCCUCCAGCGCCUCCUCAUCGGCGGCCAGCAAGAAGAAGCAGCAACAGAACGAAGCCGCGCAGCUGGCAGCCGCCGCUGCCGCAGUCAACAGCAGCGCAGGCGGAGGCUCGGGUGGCGGUAAGAAUGCGGGCGCAUCAGCAUCGCAGCUGGCCGCCGGCUUUCCGUUCCUGUUCCCCAAUCCCUCGCUGCUGUAUCCGCCCAUGGGUCUGGGCGGACUCAAUCCGUAUUCGCUGGGCUCCAGUGGCCUGGGCUCGGCCUACGAUCAGCUGGCACAGCAAUAUAAUCUGCUAAACGGUGUGGCCACCUCCUCGGCGGCCGUCACCGGAUCGACGCAGUCGGCCAAGUCGCAUCAGUCGCAGUCGAGCAAAUCGAGCAAUUCUCGCAACGCCGCCAACUCGGCGGCCAAUUCGGCGGCCAACCUGAUGAACGCCAUGGCCAGCAUGAGCGCCGGCACAGUGACAACGCCCUCGACCAGCUCCAGUCGCAGCCGUCAGAGCAGCAAUCAGCGCAACUCGGCCGCAUCGGCGACGCCCAGUGCUGCGGACAUGGCACAGCUGUCGAGCCUGCUGAUGCCCGGCGCCGAUCCGCAUUUGCUCGAAUCGCUCAGCCGCAUGAGCAGCAUGGACCUGGCCCAGGCGACGCGUCUCAUGAGCUCUCUGGGCAUGCCGCCGCUGCCCACGCCGAGCAGCUCGAACAACACCAGCAGCAGCAGCUCCAGCGCUGCCAGUAAACGUGCCGCAGCUGCGGCCGCUGCCAACGAGGCGUCCGCCAAGGAGCAGCAGAAGUGGUUCGAGAGCAUAGCGCGCGGCGCUCUGCCAACGGAUCUGGCCGCACUGCAGGCCUUCUCACAGGGCAAAAUGCCCAGCACGUCCAGCUCCGGCGGCAACAACAACAGCGGCGGCGGCGGCGGCUCAUCGGCCAGCAAGAGUUCCAAGUCAGCCGCAGCUGCCGCAGCUGCAGCAGCAGCUGCUGCACAGCUGCCACAAAUACCGGGCAUGUCCAGUGACUUCUCGCAGGCGCUGCUUGCCGAGAUGGCCGCCCAGGCGAUGGCCGCUGCCGGCGGCUCAUUGCCGCUCAGCGGUCCCGGUUCAUUGGCCAGCCUGGCUGGCCUCACCGGCGGUGCAUCAUCUUCAUCUGGAGGAGGUGGUGGUGGGGGCGGUGGCGGCGGGGGAAGCAGCAGCAGCAGUUCGGCUGCCAAGCGGCAGCGCGAACAGGAUGCGUUCAAGCAGCAAAUGGACUUUUACACCAAGUCGCUGGGCCUGGGCUCGGGCAUCUCGCUGAUACCCACCUCAUCGGCCAGCAGCAGUAGCCUCAAUGCCGCCUAUGCGGCCGCCCUGGAUGCGGAGCAUCUGCAGCAGCAACAGCAGCAGCAGCAACAACAGCAGCAGCACAAGUCGAAGCGUGCGCGUAGCGAGAUGCAUCCCACGAAGGAUGAGCUAGCAGCUGCCGCGCUGGCCGCCGGCUUGCCGCUCAAUUUGGGCGCCAGCAUCGAGAAGAGUUUGCGCGGCGUAAGCGGCUCCAGCAGCUGCUCCACGCCAGCGCCGACGCCCACGCCAGAGCAGGAUAAGGUGACACUGACGCCGUUGAAUGCGAGCUCCAGUGCCGCCAACAAUGCGGCGAUUGCCGCGAAUCUGCCUUCACAGACGACCAUCACGAUUGCGCCGCCGAUCAGCAGCGGCGCGAGCACCAGCAGCGAGCGCUCCGAGCGCAGCGAGUCGCGCAUCUCCCUGACCAUAACGAAUGCCGCCGAUGCGGCCAAGCUGCCGCCGCCCUACGAGGAGGCCGACGAGCUCAUCAUUCAGCCCAUACUCAAGAAGCCAGCGGCUCCAGGCAGCAGUCACAGCGGCAGUGUCGAGGAUCUCGAUGCUAGCGGCGGCGGCGGCGGCGGCGGCGGCGGCGGCAACAAUAACAACUCGGCGGCAAAUCUAAGCGGCUCCAGUAGCAGCAGCUCCUCGGUUGCAGCGGCGGCGGCGGCAGCAGCAGCUGCUGCGGCCGAAGAGAAUCGACGCUCUUCCAAUCGCCUCAAGCGUCCACGUUCCGGCAACGAGCACGGCGGCUCCGGUGCGACGGCAGCGGAACAGCCGCCCGAGAAGCGACGUGAGCUGCGCUCCACGCGCCACACACGCCAGUCGGCAGAUGCUGCCACGCUAAAUCUGUCGGCGGGCAGCGAGUCCGAAGAGCGGAACGAAUGAGUAAAGCGACGCGCCUAGCCAGACGACAGCGCCCCGCCGGUGGGCGCCCGAACCAGACAGGGCAACAAAAGCAACAACAACAACAACAGCAACAAAAACAAUAAAAACAACAAAAAGAGCAAAAAUGAUAACAAAAAGAGAAACCAAAAGCAACGGAAAAAGGCCACGAAGAAGCAGAAGCAGAAGCAAAAUGAGAAGAGAAAGAGCCAAACGAGUAAUGCAAA